AUGCAAGGUUUAUUGCCCUAGGAAAAUAUAUUAGAAUAAGUAAAUGCUUCUUUGAGACAAAUAGAAGGAAUUUUAUUGAUAACUAAUGUUAGAAUUCUAUGGAAGAGAGUUGGAGAUAGCUUAUUCCAAUUCAAUGAAAAUAGACUUCAUGUUAAGGGAGUAUUAAGAGCAUAGGAUAACAAAAAGUAGGAUAGGUGGGUUCUCAGAAUUGAGAUCAAAGGAAAAUCAUAAGCUUUUAACUUUGGUUUUGAAGGCAUUAACUCAGGAGUUAUAUCAGAUAGAAUACAGCAACUACUCUAAAGCAAUGCUGACUCUGAGUCAGCUUAAUUGAACUCAGUAGGAACAGAAACAAUACAAAAAAUAAUAAACUUAAACAAAAAUGAUUACCUUAAAGAUACAUUUGACGAAUUUGUAGUAUAAAAGAACUUAAUGACUGAAUAAGAGUUCUGGUCUUCUGCUAGCGCCAAUGAUAAAGCAGUUUAUGGAAUCAAGGAUAAUAAAAUAGAAUCGACAGAUUUUAUUUAAGCUGGCAUUUCAAACAAGCCAUUUUUAUUAAUGCCAAGAUAAAACUUCACGACCUAAAAAACUGAAUUCAGCCUUGAGGAAAAUGAUUGUAAAAGAUUACUGAAAGAAUUUUCUGAGUUAGCUUCGGCUUACGAAGCUCGAGUGCCAUUGCGAUGCUCUGAAAAAGAAUUUUGGAAUGAAUUCUUAAGCAAAAAUUUUCAAUACAAAAGCUAAAUAUUUGGAGGAAACAAUCCUAUUUUUGUACCCUUUAGCACAGACAUAAAUAGUUAUGAGGACUUGUAUAUUCACAAUCCUAGAUAACUCUUAUAGUAAUAAGUGAAGUCAGAGGAAGUAAAAGAGACAGCUAAAUCCUUAGAUGUCAAUUAUCUUAAGAAUAUAGAAUUCGACUAAAAACCCUCUGGCUAUGGCACUUUUUAGAAUCAGUAGGAGAUUGACAAUUUAAAUACCAUAAUAGAGAAGAUAGGCGGGGAUAUUUAGACCUAGAAGGACAAAAAUAUAGAAUAUGAAAUCCAAGCGAGAAAAAUCAUUAACAAGUACAAUUAAAAUUCUAAUAGAAUCAUCCAAGGUAGUCGACAUGAAAGGAAAAUUGAAAAGAAAGAUGAUGAGUAACUAAUGCUUGAAAAAGAAAAACUUCUUGAGGAGCAUUAAAUGAUUUAAACCCCACAAAGUCAUAGUAGACCUUAAGUGUCUUAGUCCCAAUGCUACACAGUAAAUGAAUUUAAAAAUAUAGCAGCAGGUUUCGCAUAAAACCUUAUCAAAAUAUAAAUUCAAAACCAGACCAAUAAGAUUUAAAUGCCUGUGAAUUCGGCAGAAAACUUCAGAGAGUUUCAUAAAAAGUUAAUGUCAACUCUUAAUGAUAGCAUAAAAUUAAUUGAUCUCCAAUAUGAUUUAGAUGCUGUUAAGAAGAAGAUUCCGCCGCAUAUUUAGGAAAGACUUCUAUACUACUAUAAAAAGUUUAAUGUUCUUUUUAAGCACUGCUAUAUUCAAAUGGAAAAAGCAUCAGAAAAUCCUAUGGUUAGUGAAAGGCUUUAAGAACUUGCCUUAGUUAUUAAGGAGGAAAGUGAAGGUCUAAAAGCUUUUACUGGUUAGGAAUAGCUAAGAAGGUAUACGAAUUUAUUCAAUAGAUUAAAGGAAAUGUAUAAUAGACUUAAUAAUCAUUAUGUGCAUUUUUAGACAAGCAGACAAAGAUUAAAUAAUUCAAUUUGA